AUAAUAGAAAAUAAAAAUUACAGACAGACAUUUAGAGCAUAUGUAUCAUAGGAACAAUGCCACAAGAAAAUAGUAAGUCAUUAUUAAAACGUGAUUCAUUGUCUGAAGCUGAAAAAUGGCGAAUUAUCAUUGAUAACACGCUAAAAUUUUUGAGCAUCGGUUUAUUAUGUGGUGGCACAUUUUCUGUAGUGACAUUUCGUUCGCUUACUGCAAGGGCCGCUAUUACAGCAUUUGGCGCAGGAUUUGGUUUGGGGAAAUCGUAUGUCGAUACUAAAUUUAUACUGGGUCAUGAUGUUCCUGCAGAAGCAAUGUGGGCAGCUCAGGUUGUACCUUUGAAAAGUGAUAGGACAUCAAUCGAAUGAAUGCUUUUCACUGUCGGAAUUUUAGGGUUACAUGGGGUACAAAAAUAUUGAAGAACUAUUUAUUUCUAUUGUUCCAAAUUUUUUUUUCUGUAUUGCACGUCAAAGCUGAGGUUGAUUAUAGUUUUAGUUUCAAUCACAGCUUCUGUUCAAUUAUUUUCUAAAUUAUUUGGCACAUUUUGACAUAUUUCCUAUAUCCAUACAAAAAUUCAUAAACCAGAA